AUGGGCCAUCCGGCGCCGCGUCCGUCUCCCGGGAGCCCGCGUUGCCUGGACGACGGCGGCGCGCGGGACCCGGAGCUGAGGACGUUCGGAGGCGCAGCAGAGCGGACGCUGCGGGCGGAGAGCAUGAGGACCCGGUGCCUGUGUCAGAUCUGCACCUGCGGGCGACAUCGUUGUCCACAGGGGACCACCAGGAUUUAUGAACAUUCUGGCGUGUACUGCCCCACAACUGAGUAUUUGGAAAAAUAUCCUACAUAUGGCAGUGUUCUUCCGGCUCAGAGUCUUAAACCCAAGCAAGAAUUUCGAGGAUACCGUGCUAAAAUGGAAGGAAUAACAACGUUUAAGUAAAUAUUGAGAAACUUUUUGCUCUACUUACUUUUCUCCCAACUCUCUGGUCUUAAUAAAGUUUUUUAACUCUUUAAACUGAA